AUGGUCACCGAGGGCCUGCCCGUCCCAUGCAGCGCAUGCUAUGACGAGGCCCCCUAUGCGAACAGCGACCGGCCACGUUCCAGCGCCAGCACCCCAACGUCCACCAUCCACUCUGGCGCCGCCAUCACCGAGGCCCUAAGGAGGCUCGACAUCGACAGCAAACGCAGCUCGUCCACGCCUGCUUCCGAGCAGGACCCGCCCGUCAACCGUUCUGCCCUCCGCCGCGCAACCCAGAUCGCAUCUGCCUCGGCGGUAGACACGCCACCGGUCAGCCCUAGGUACACGUCAGACUCGCCACAAACGGGAGCAUCGCACGCGCGCCGUGAGUCAAGUUACAGGAGGACAUAUGACGAGACUGUCAUGCGCCGGGCCGGUCCAUGCGAUAACUGCGCCCUCACCCUGCCCAAACGGCAAGAGAGCAGGUCAAAAGAAGGGGAGGCGGACACGGGGCCAACGUUGCGCACAAGAGCACCUUACGCUCGCGUGUACGGCAAUGGCGUGCCAGGAGACGCUUCACCACCCAAUUCCACCUCCACAGUCUCUGAUGAUGACGAUGUGCCGCCGCGGAGACCAAACCAUCGCAGGACAGGAACCGUCACGUCGAUCACAUCCCGGUCGAGCGCAAGCUCAUCCUCCCCGGCGAACGGCCACACCCACUACCUGGACUACACCUCGACGCACGAGCCCGUGGUCCCGUCCUCCUUCUCCAUCGUCCGCGCAUCCUGCAUCCGGACCCUGUCCUUCGAGACCCUACCGCGCGGCACAGCGACCAACACAGGCAACACGCCGACGGCCUCGCCCUCGACGCCAGGCUUCGUGACGACGCACAGCCCCGGCGCGGCCGCCUCGGGCGGGCCCAUCUUCUUCGGCGACCCGGGCGCGGGGUACACGACGGCGUACAUCUUCCGGAUCCCGGACGUGCACGCGCGGGGCCACAAGCGCGUCUACGCCUUCCUGGCGCUGUCGACGCACCGCGAGCGCCUGGCCAUGAAGACCUUCACCUUCAUCUCCAACGCCUUCCGCGAGCUGGCCGCCUGGAUCCAGGGGCUCGCCGAGGCAGAGGCAGAGCGCUACGCCAACGACUCGAGCGCCGCCAGCAGCCCGCUGUCGGCCGGCGGCGCCGCCAUGUACGGCGGUGGUGGCAUGCACGCGCAGCAGCAGCAGCAGCACCCAUCGCAGAGCCAGCCUGAAAACGGCAACAUGACGGGCAGCGGGUUCCUGUCCGGCGGCAUGGGCGGGCUUUCGCGGCGCAUGGGCGGCGGGUACGGCGGCGGCGGCGUCAACCUCAAGGCGCGCGGCCUAGCUGAGCUGGUGGGCCUGCCCGACUUCUUCAUCGAGCUGCACUCGCGGUUCGUGAGGCUGCUACUAGAGCUAGGCGUCGUGCUGAGCUCGUGA